UUGCUGAGAUACUUAGAUUUUUUUGCAUAUGAUUUCAUUAAAAAUAUCAGACUUAUUCUAGUACACAGGAAAUAUUUUUAAGGAAAAACGGACUGUGAUUGGAUACACUAAAACUCAUCUAUAGCCAAUGCUGUGCUGCGUAAAAUUCAAUGGCUGAUAUGUGCACGCUCCUCCUUCCUUUCUGUUGCCAGCUAGAUUUUACCUUCUCUGUCUGAUGGAAAACGAUAUUACAAAUCAGCCUCGAUUCCAUCCUUUUUUCCUAAGGAUUACCAGCUCAGUAUCCAGGAUGCGUUGAAAAAAAGAGGUAUCAUCAAACAAGGCAUUUCUGCAAUGAUUCAUCCAGCAGGUUACCGUGUUUUGCAAGUAGGAGUGCUGCAUCUCUUCCUUUUGUGGCUGCUCGUAAAUCUUACAUAUGCACAGUUCCGUUACUCUAUCCCUGAAGAACUAAACAGGGGGGAAAUUGUUGGAAAUAUCGCCAAGGACCUUGGAACUGAUGUAGCAAAACUAGUGGCUGCCAAUCUUCAGGUACUUUCUGAUUCUGACUCCCAAUAUUUUUCUGUAAAUGUAAACAAUGGAGCCAUAUUGGUGAACGACAGAAUAGAUAGGGAGAUUCUUUGUGGACAGAGUGUUACCUGUAUCUUGAAUCUUAAAUUUGCUAUAGAGAAUCCAGUUGAGGUGUACAGAAUUGAGGUUGAAAUACUAGACAUUAAUGAUAAUGCUCCCCGAUUUCAGAGUGAUGAGCUGACUUUAAAAAUAAAUGAGCUGGCAUCCCCUGGUGCUAGAUUCCUCAUUCCAAAUGCACAAGACCCUGAUAUAGGAUCUAAUGCUUUGCAGGAGUACCAUCUUAGCCCAAGUGAAAAUUUUGCCUUAAUAGUCAAAAAGCGCACAGAUGGAAGUAAAUUUCCAGAAUUAGUCCUAGAAAAGGCUCUAGAUAGGGAGCAGACAGCUGUCCACCACUUGGUACUGAAAGCAGAAGAUGGUGGAGUGCCAUGUAGAUCUAGCACCAUGCAAAUUACCAUAAUAGUUUUAGAUGCCAAUGAUAACCACCCUGCAUUUGAUCAACCCUCGUAUAAUGUGCAUCUUAAAGAGAAUGCCCCUAAAAAUUCCCUAGUCAUAAAACUCAAUGCAACAGAUUUAGAUGAAGGGCCAAAUGGAGAAAUUGAGUACUUUUUCAGCAGCCACAAUUCAGAAGCUUUGAGUGAUAUUUUUCAACUUAAUUCAGAAACUGGAGAAAUACGGGUACUUGGUGAUUUGGAUUUUGAAGAGCUUUCAGUUUAUGAACUUGAUAUUGAAGCUAGAGAUAAAGGAAGCCCUAUUAUGGAAGAACAUUGCAGUGUAAUUGUCCAUAUCAUUGAUGUAAAUGACAACACUCCAGAAAUGAUUAUAAGUGCAUUUUCUAGUUCUGUUCCGGAAGACUCACCACCUGGAACAGUAGUCGCAGUUAUUACAAUAAAAGACAAAGAUCAUGGGGAUAACGGAAGGGUACAGUGCCAAGUAGACAAAAAUCUUCCAUUCACAGUAAGGGAAGAUUUUGAGCAUCAGUUUUCCCUAAUCACAAGUGAUCAGCUGGAUCGAGAAAGUGUUUCCGAGUAUCAAAUAACAAUAACUGCAAGAGACAUGGGUAACCCCCCUCUUUCCACAGUGAAAGUUAUUUCUGUUGGAGUAUCUGAUGUAAACGAUAAUGCUCCUCAGUUUGUUGAACCUGUUUACGAAGUUUUUGUAGAAGAGAAUAACAAUGCUGGAGAGUUGCUUUGUACGGUUUCUGCUUUGGAUCCAGACUUGGACCAGAAUUCCCGCCUCUCUUAUUCCAUUUUGCACAAUCCUAAAGAUGAUUAUGCCUCUUCGUCUCAUAUUUACAUCAACUCCGAAAAUGGACAAGUGUACCUAAAGUUUCCACUUGAUUAUGAAAGAAUAAAUUAUUUCCAGUUUCAAAUAGAAGUUACAGAUGCUGGUUCUCCACCCCUAAAAAAUAAGACUGUUGUGCAUGUUUUUGUUCUAGAUCAAAAUGACAAUGCUCCGACAGUUGUAUUCCCUUUAGUUGGAGCUAAUUCAGUUGCACAGUGUAAGUUCCCACGUUCAACUGGCCCAAAUGUUAUGGUAAGCAAGAUAUCAGCAGUGGAUCAUGACUCUGGUCGUAAUGCAUGGCUUUCAUACAACAUAGUUGAAGCAACAGAUCCAACACUCUUCAGUAUUGUCUUGAGGACUGGAGAAAUAAAGACCAAACGGGCUAUUCAGGAUAUUGAUCCAAACAUUCACGAGCUCCUUCUUAUUGUUAAGGACUCUGGUGAACCAUGUUUAUCAACCUCGGUUACAGUAAUGAUGACCUUAGAAGACAAAGAUCUAGAAAUCUCACAGGGUGUCAAAGACCAUUCUAAAAAAAAGAAUAUAUCUAGUCUAACGCUUUAUCUAAUAGUUUGCUUAAUUGUUAUUUCGGUUAUAUCAUUAAUUGGUCUGGCAGCUCUCGGAAUUAAAAUUCACAAAUGUGAGAACAAGAAUUUUCCUCUCUGUUGUCGACAAAGCCAAAAGAAAACAGUGGUAACUGGAACAAAGUUACAUGGAACAUUUCAGCUUCAUCCAAGCCUUUGUAACACUAUAAUAGGGGUCCGAGUGGAUUGUGCUGGAAAUAUCCCAUCUAAUCGAAGGGUCAGACAUUGUUUCUCCCCAGUUUCAGAUAUUAGUGAGUUUAUGUUUAUGAGGCCACCUCAUGUUACUACUAACGCCUCUUCCCCAGGGAUAUUGGUUCCAGAUCCUAACUUCUCCAUUCCUUCGAAUGAGCAGGCACAAGCUAACAUUGAUUGGCAUUUUUCGCAAGCUCAAAAGCCUAGCACUAGUGGAGCACAGCCUUCUGAAGAUGCUGGAGUAUGGCCAAACAAUCCUGUUGAAACAGAAAGGCUUCAAGCAAUGAUCUUGGCCUCUGCAACAGAGGCCGCUGAAGGUUCAAAUCUUGGAGGAGGGACUGGGACAAUGGGUCUUGGUGCCUGCUAUGGUCCACAGUUCACAUUGCAACAUGUUCCAGAUUACAGACAAAAUAUAUACAUCCCGGGAACUGCCACACUGACUAAUGCUGCUGUGAAACAUGAUGGUAAGGCUGCUCUGCCUUCAGGCGGGAACAAAAAAAAGGCAACAAAAAAAGAGAAGAAAUAGUGAUUGUCUGAAAUGGACAACAAAAGCUAAGAAGACAAUGCUAUGAACAUUUAACCCCUACUAAAAUCCUCUACUGGAUGUUAUUGUUGAGAAGAUCAAAGAAUGAUAAAUUACAAUGACAGUGAAUGUUUCUAAAACAUAAAAUCUGAUUAGAAUUUAUGCUAAUUGAACUCAACAUAGCACAUUAUAAGCUGACAACAUAUUUGCCAUUUUUUACUUAAUACAAGACUUUUUGAGGAGGAAUACUUUUAUAACUAAAAACGGUACUGAAAACGUAAGUGUGGUUGCUGCCGAAAAGUGGAUUUUCCUUUUGAAAAAUGCAUAUAUUUCAAACCAAUAAUAGAAAAACAAUGAGUGUAUUCCCUUUGAAAUUCCCAUCAGGAUUGAAAGCGUGUAUUCUAUUUACUCUUGUGUGAGUUUGUGGUUCUGUAGUUUGUGAUAUGUUUUAAAGGGUUAAGAAUAGAGUUCUCUGUAGAUGAAUUCACGGUGUCUGAAUUAGAAAAUUGUGUGUAAACAAAAUCGGUAUAAGUGUAAGACAAGGCUCAUUUAUACUACUACCUUUGACUAAUCCAAAAGAGUAAAAGCGUACAUGGUCAUCUAAAUUAGGUUGAUAGGAUCAAACCUUGUGCUUUUUGCAGCUGGCCACAGGCAGAUUUGUUGUAUGUUAAAUAACCAGGUAUUCAAAAAUUGUUUGUUUUUGAAUGAAAUGGAUGAUCCAUUGGCUUAUUUUGAUUAUUCCGAUAUAGAUAUCUAUCUAUAUGGAUAACUUUUGUUCUGUUGAUGCUUUUUGUGGAAAGAGAAGAUAAAAAGUCUGAUGUAUUUGCAGGUCGUAUUAUAAAAUUAAAGAGGUAGUAAAGUGAAGAUGAUUAAUAACAAAUUCUGCCCCAAAAAAGCAUGACUUUUAACAAUAUGAGUUUUCUCAAAACUAAAAUAAUAAUAUAUUGAUUUACGGAAGAAAGCACAGAUAUUAAUCUACUACAGCUAUUGUUUUGUUGCUGGGAAUAACGGGAGCCUCAUGUAUCUUAAAUAUAUUUGAAAAAUGUUAAUUUAAGGCAAAUUAUUUUCGUUGAGUACAUGUAAACCUAUGAACAAAUAAUGGGAACAUCACUUAAAAUAUGAUGGAUUACUCAUAGUAGCACGGAUUUUUUUGUGACGUAACAGCCUUAAAAUCCGCUCUUUAUUUUACUCAAACAAGCAAAAACAAA